CGCUCAUCGCUCAGCACUGUGUAGUUAUCGUUCGUCGAGGCAAGACACGCCACGGCCAGUUCGAGCGCGUGCUCGUCCAUCUGGUUUUCUUUCUUCUGAUUUUUUGUUUUGUUUUUCGGUGGUAGUAGCAUCCGACGACAGCAGUUGCCUGCGGGAAUACGACGGACGGACAGCUGUUUUCUUUUCGUUGCUGUAUCCGUAGAGUGACGGCACCAUGAACCGCGACAAAGACUUCAGUAAGAACAAAACCGAAAACCCGAUCCAGAAUGCGUCGUUCAUUUCGCGGCGCACCUUCUGGUGGUUGAAGGACAUCUUCCGGGCGGGUCACCGGAAGGAGAUCACCGAAGAGAUGAUCUACGAGACUCUCCCCGAGCACCGCAGCCGCCUACUGACCGACAAUUUCGAUCGACUAUGGACCGACGAGCUGCAACGGCCGCAGCCAAAACUGAUGCGAGCCUUCCUGCGUGGCUAUGGCAUGGUUACCCUUUUUUGGGGCUUGCUGUUCUCGGUCCUGGAAACGGCCAACCGGGUGGCACAGCCGCUCUUCCUAGGUGGACUGGUGUCAUACUUUUCCCCCGAUCAAACCGAAAUCAGCGAACGGGCAGCAUACGGGUACGCAGCCGGAAUUAUAAUCUGUGCGCUGAUACCGGUUAUCACAUUCCAUCCAUUCAUCAUGUUCAUCUUUCAAAUCGGGUUGAAGCUACGCGUCGGCUGCUCCUGCCUUAUCUACAAUAAGUCACUUAAGCUCACGAAGUCAACGACCGCUGGCGAUGGAUUGAACGGGAAGAUCUUGAAUCUACUCACCAAUGACGUCAGCAAGUUCGACAUUGCCCUAGCAUUUAUCCACGACCUGUGGAAGGGUCCCAUGGAAGCCCUCCUGCUCGGGUACUUCAUCUACAAAGAACUGGACUACCCGGGACUGCUCGGAAUGGGCUUCCUACUCAGCUUCAUUCCACUGCAAGCUUGGAUCGGUAAAAAGACAGCCACCUAUCGGAUGAAGGCGGCCAAGCGAACCGAUCUUCGCGUUCGCUUCAUGAACGAAAUCAUCCAGGGCAUUCAGGUUAUCAAGAUGUACACCUGGGAAAACUCCUUCGCCAAAAUGGUCGAGGAAGUUCGCCGGAAGGAGGUCAAUGCCAUCCGUGGAGGCGCCUACGUCCGCGCAACGCUAAUCUCAUUCUUCGUAGUUUCACGGGUUUCGAUCUUUCUCAGCCUGCUUUCCUACACCUACACCGGAAAUGUUAUCACUGCCCGCAAGGUGUUCAUCGUGACCAGUUACUACAGUAUCCUAAACGAUUCGAUGGUGCACUUUUGGCCGAUGGCGAUUACGUUCUGUUCCGAGGCGUACAUCUCCGUGAUACGAAUUCAGCAGUUUUUGCUAACGCCGGAGGGAAAGCCGAAGACGACGCAGCCAGCGCCAGAAGCGACCACAAAUCAAGAAGGACCGGUGAAGAGUAGUGUUUUGAUCGAUGAUGAAGAGAAGAAAAAAGCGAAGAACAAUGGUCUGGUGCCGAAUGGUGGAGAAGCGGUGAACGAAGAAGUGGAAACACUGUUAUCGGCAAAGAGAGUGGUGAAUUUGGACAGUGACAAGAAGAGUCUGGUGAUGGAAGAAGUGACUGCGCGGUGGGCUGUCAGUGAAGAAGAGUCGAACGUGGGCGUGAAGGCCGUCAGUAUGACGGUGCAAGCCGGGCGGUUGUGUGUCGUAAUCGGACCAGUGGGUUCGGGAAAGACCACCUUGCUGCAGGUUAUCCUGGGAGAGUUGGAGGUUGAUGAAGGAACGGUGCAGAUUAAUGGAUCGCUCAGCUAUGCGGCUCAAGAGCCGUGGUUGUACGAAAGCAGCAUUAGGAAUAACAUCCUGUUCGUGGAGGAGUACGAUGAGCAGCGGUACUUGGAAGUGGUUCGAAUAUGUGCCUUGGAACGAGACUUGCAGCUGUUGCCUCAUGGUGAUCAAACGAUCGUCGGAGAGCGCGGAAUAAGUUUAAGCGGAGGACAGAAAGCAAGAGUCAACUUAGCUCGAGCCAUCUACAAGAAGAGUGAUAUCUACAUAUUGGACGACCCGCUCUCAGCGGUCGAUAGUCACGUGGGCAAGCACAUCUAUGAGAUGUGCAUACGUGAGUUUCUAGUGGAUAAGGUGUGCGUCCUGGUGACGCAUCAGUUGCAGUAUUUGAACGAAGUUCAACACAUAGUUCUGAUGAACGGAGGCCAGGUCGAAGCUCAGGGAUCCUAUCGGGAGAUUAAGAAGACCAAGCUCGAUUCGAUCUUGGCGCUGACACCGGAGGAGUCUCCCAAAGAGAAUAAGUUCGACUUCCAAAUUUUCUCCGCUCACACGGAGAAAGUUAACCUGGACCAGGAGAAGCAGGUCGAAGAGAAAGAAUCUCAAGGCGAAGGAUCCGUAGGGUUUUCGGUGUACAAGACCUACAUCACCGCGAUCAACAGCUACGGUUGGAUAGUCUUCAUCUCAGCGCUAAUUGUGCUGUCCCAGAUUGCCGUCAGCAGUGUAGAUUACUACGUCGCCGAGUGGGUCAACUGGGAAGAAUCUCUGGGUAAGGUCAACCAAAGCGUAGUCUACCUGAAGGAGAAUCAAACAAUCGAAGAUUUGCUGGACAUCAAUGUUCUGGAGGAACUGCAGGCGGAAGCAAACCAUGAACCCGAACGCGAGCGGUACAUCCUGGUUUACACGAUUCUGAUAGCGAUCUUCAUCUAUCUGAUCUUGCAGCGUACGUUCUCGUUCUUCUACGCGUGCUUGCGAAUCUCGAUGAAUCUCCACGAUCGAAUGUUCCGCGGUUUGACCCGCGCAACAAUGUACUUCUUCAACAACAAUCCAUCCGGCCGGAUACUGAACCGGUUUUCCAAGGACAUCGGAUCGAUCGAUACCUCACUGCCAAUGUCGUUGCACGACUGCCUGGUGUUCUUCCUGGAAAUGAUCGCCGUCGUAUCGUUGGUUUCGAUCGUCAACUACUGGUUCCUCGCACCGACGAUCGUCGUCGCAGUAAUCAUGUUCCUGCUCCGUAAGGCAUAUCUAAACACGUCCCGGGUGAUCAAACGGAUCGAGUCGGUAAACCGAUCGCCGAUUUUCUCGCAUCUGAACGCUACCCUCCAGGGUUUGUCCACCAUUCGGGCAUUCCGGGCGCAGAGCGUUCUAAGCCAAGAGUUUAACAACUACAUGGACGUUAACACGUCGGCGUGGUUCAUCUUCCUGACGAGUACGCGGGCAUUUGCCUUCUGGUUGGACAUGGUGUGUGUCAUCUACAUUGCGGUGGUAACGUUGAGCUUCCUGGUAGUCGGACAGAAUAGCUUGGGCGGAAGCGUGGGACUGGCGAUUACGCAGACCAUCAGCUUGAUCGGGAUGUGCCAGUGGGGCAUGCGACAGUCGGCGGAGCUGGAGAACGAAAUGGUCUCGGUGGAGAGGGUCAACGAGUAUACGAAUCUGCCGUCGGAGCCACCACCGGAGACGGCACCAAAGAAUCGACCGCAAGGCGAUUGGCCAGAGCACGGUGUGGUGAAGUUUAUCAAUGUGGAUUUGAGGUACUCGGAAGAUGGCGAGAAGGUGCUGAAGGAUUUGAGUUUUACCAUUCGGUCUAACGAGAAGGUUGGAAUCGUUGGACGAACGGGUGCAGGGAAGUCUUCGCUGAUCCAGGCGCUGUUCCGGUUAGCUCCGUGUGAGGGCACGAUUGAGAUUGAUGGUAUCGAUACCAAGACGCUGGGGCUGCGGGACUUGAGGAGUAAGAUAUCGAUCAUUCCGCAGGAUCCGAUACUGUUUUCAGGGACGUUGAGAAGCAAUUUGGAUCCGUUCGAGGAGAAGUCCGAUGACGAGCUGUGGAGUGCGCUGGAUCAGGUGGAACUGAAGGAAGCCGUGUCCUCGCUGGCUGGAGGAUUGGAGUGCAAAAUGUCCGACGGGGGUAGCAACUUCAGCAUGGGUCAGCGACAGCUGGUUUGCCUAGCCCGGGCCAUCUUGAGGCAGAACAAGAUUCUGGUGCUGGAUGAAGCCACUGCCAACGUUGAUCCAGAAACCGACAAACUGAUCCAGACGACAAUCCGGACAAAGUUUGUCGACUGUACAGUAUUAACGAUUGCCCAUCGGCUGCACACGGUCAUGGAUAGCGAUCGGGUGCUGGUGAUGGAUGCCGGAAGGAUGGUGGAAUUCGGCCAUCCGCACGAUCUGCUGCAUGGUCCAAGCGGGUAUCUCCGCCGGCUGGUUGACCAAACGGGAGUGGCCAGUGCGGCUCUACUCAUCCGGAUAGCCGAUGAAAACUACCGGAAGCUGCAGGAGCAGUAGGAACUUACACAGGAACGUUUUCAACUGUUAUUAGCAUAAGCGACUUACUACACUCAAAAGCGAUAGCUUCAGGAUAAAAGUGCUUAAUUUUUGCUUAUCGACAGAGAUUAGCUGGGAAACCACAACUUUUUACUACGCCUGUAGGACACAAUUUUAUAACUUAGAUACACAGCAGAAGAAGCAAUAAAUGGUAGCAAUUUUUUAAUCUUCUUA